AUGGAUCAAAACGCAUUCAGAUCUUUACUUUCUGCUCCGCGUCCUGAUGGAAGUAGUUCCAGCAAGAAGGUCCUCGGUGCAGCUGUGCCCAAACGAGGAUGGGGGAUCAAGCCUUCGAAAGAGAAGGAGAAGUUGUAUAAAAAGCCCUCAGACGGCGAGAAAGAAAGUAAUGCCGGUUCUAGCGCUCCGGCCUUUGCUCCCAGACAACACCACAAAAAGUCUCUGAUGCAAGAUGAGAAAUAUAAAGACAGAGCUGAGAUGCGACGGAAGGGAGUCGACGAUGAAUUUAAAGAUGUGGAAAAGCUUCUACAAGAAUUCGAAUCUCGUAAAGCUGCCGCUCCAGAGGAGGCCGAUCAAAUUGAAGAAACCCGUAAAUAUCUCGGUGGCGAUGCCCAACAUUCUAUCCUCGUAAAAGGUCUGGAUUACGCUUUGCUAGCAGCGAGAAAAGCUGAGUUGGCGAGGGAGAAAGAAGGUCAAGCGGAUGAAGAUUUGGAUCAGCUCGCUAGAGAGAUAAAGGGGCAAAAAAAGGUGAAGGUCGAGGAGGUGAAGAAAAAAGAAGAAAAGUUAGGGAAAGGGUUUAAGAGUAUAGCUCAGAAAGAAGAUGUUCCAAAGGAGAAGAAGAAGAAGAAAAAGAAGAAAGUUGUUGCUCAUCAUGUCACUCUCCCUACGGCUUCUGCAUUAUCUGCUUCUUCUGCAACAGUACCUCAUGUGUUGGCCGAGGCGGAAGUCCUCGCCCCGAGAAAUGCGCCGGCUGAACAGGAGACAAGAAUUACAAAAACCAUCGAAGCAGACGAGGACGAUGAAGAUAUUUUUGUAGAUGCGGGAUCGUAUGAUCUUCAUGCGGCUGUAGGAUCGUCAGAAUCGGAUGGAUCUGAUGUGGAAAAGUUGGGGCGUUCACCACCAGGAUCCGGUGGGAGGAUCAGAUUGAAUACCAGAUCGAAGUCACGAUCUCGGUCGUCAGAAAGGCGCACGCGUGGUAGGGGAAGACACAUGGAAGGCGAACGAACCAGAAGCUACGGGGGAGAGAGGCACGACGAGUACAGAGAUGACAGAGAGACGGGCGAGUACCGUGGGUACAGAGAAGAAGAAGAUGAGAGGGGUUACAAAAGAGACGAUCGAAGAGAUCCUGAAGAUAUGAAUUUGAGCUCAAGUCGUCGUCGGAGGGAUCCAAAAGAUGAUGUGGACCAGUAUCGCAGGUGGGAUCGCAAAGAUUACGACGACUACGAUCAAGAAGAAGGUCACAGGAAUCGAAACUACCGUCACAAUUCCAGGUCUCCCUCUCCCGACUAUAAACGUCCUCGGUAUUCUUCAUCUCCCCAUUCUCACCACAUGUCACACAAGUACGACGAUCACUCAAACAAUUCCCCUUUAACGAGGAUGUCUCCUAAUCCAUCACGUCACUCUCCUCCUAGGGACAAAUCCCCUCCAAGGAAAAGAGCUCGUACAAGAUCUAUAACACCUAACAUCUUCCAACCUUCUCUAUCUUCUCGUUCACCUUCUCCUUCCUCGGACGUAGAUCUACCAGGUGGUAGACUCCAACCAUUAUCAUCCACAUCCAUUUUAGACGUCCGUUCUUUCCUUCAAGCCGAUGCUACCGAAGCGAUAUUGGAUGAGAAGAAAUUGCGAAAAGCGGAAUGGCGUGCGAAACAAGGUUUGGGAGUUCAAGAAGGGGUGAAUUUGGAGAAAUUGAGAGAGAGAGCUAAAGGAAAGGAAAAAGAUAGGAUGAACAAAGAUUAUAUGGAUGUUAUGAAUAGACUUAAUAAGAAGAAUGGGGUUGGGGAAGGGAAUGAUGUUGGUGAUGGUACGGAUGAACAUCAGAGAGGUGAAGGGGAAGGAGGAGGGAAAGGAAGAAACAAGAUAGAGGAUGAUUGGGCGGUGGGGAAACGUCGUUAA